GUGCCGUUAAAAUUCAAACUUGGACACGUGACAUUUGACCGUUGGAGGCAAGACGGAAAGAAGUGCCGGGACUUUGUCGCGGGCUUGUAUGAACGCCACCUUCCUCCUUCAUACUCACUCUCAACUCUCGCCCAUUCUUCAGACAAACAUCAUGAGACGCCAUGGCUGGCAGCGCCCUCUCCAUCCUUUACAGAUUGUAGCCAUCGCGAUUUACAACUUUCUAGUAAUGGCGUUCUACACUUUCUUGGGGCUUUUCCUUGGAAACAGAAUCGCCGAAAUUACAGUCACGACAAUUUUUUCGUUUGUGGUGCUUUCGGUCAUGUUUCUAUUCAUAAGGUGCACCGCUAUUGAUCCAACCGAUAAAACCUGCGUCCGAAACAAGAAGAAGAUGGAAUCAAAAUCCAAAUCCAAGAGUUUCUCUAGAAUUAAUUUUGGAUUAAUGCUCAGGCAAAUCGUUUUGAGGCGCUUUAGGAAUAUAGAAAGAAAGAUUCUCAAAACAUUCAUCCGGAGGAAGUAUCUGGAUCCAUGGAAGGUUGGCCCUCAAAUGGAGCCUUUGCUCCCUUAUCUUCUUGUAACGAAGGAUGAUGUGAUCACUCCUGAUCCCAAGGAGGAGGAGGAUGUAACAUUUUGCUCUCUCUGUAAUUUCGAGGUGAAGAGGCACAGCAAGCACUGCCGGACCUGCAAUCGUUGCGUUGAAGGAUUUGAUCACCAUUGCAGGUGGCUAAACAACUGUGUUGGAAAAAAGAACUAUACCACAUUCUUUCUUCUGAUGAUAUUCGUGUUGUUAAUGCUAGGAAUCCAAGGAGGAACGGCCAUUGCCAUAUUCGUACGGUGUUUUGCAGAUAAGAAAGGAAUGGAAAUGGAGCUGCAAAGAAGGUUCCACAGAGAUUUUCCAAGAGAAGCGCUUGCCACAAUUUCAGUUUUGCUUGUGUUGCUAACUGCUUAUGGUUCAGCAGCACUUGGACAACUAUUUUUCUUUCACCUAGUUCUCAUACAAAAGGGAAUGAGAACAUAUGAUUACAUACUGGCCAUGAAAGAGGAGAGCCAAUCUAUUAUUGAAGAUCCAUUUGAUGAAGACUACUCGGAUUUCUCUUCAGACGAUGAUUUCGAUUCGCCCGAGAAAACGCCAACUUCGGUGUCACGUUUUGGCUUGUGCCAAGGAGGACGAGUCAAAGAGGACUCAACAAGAUUGUCCAUAAAAAUAGAUGCAAAUCCCCAGACUCCAUCCACUGGAAAACAAGGCCUUCGUAUCAGUAUCAAUCCAUGGAAAUUGAUAACUCUGAGCAGAGACAAGGCUCUCGCAGCAGCUGAGAAAGCCAAGGAAAAGCUUGAGAAAUCCAAACAGGACUACCUGAAGCCCCUGCCACUAGAGACCAAAUCUGGCCUACUGACAGAUACUAUUACUACUAGUACUGGUAAUUGUGAUGAUAUAGAUGGAAGGGGGAGCUGGGGGAAUGCAAAGAGUUCAUGUGAUGGGGUGCUGCCCAAGGCUAAGGGGAAGGUCCCUUCUGGUUCCCCGGAAAGUUUUUCGAGCCCAAGGAGACGUAGCUCAAGCUCCCUUAACACGGUCCCAGCCUCGGUCGCUUUGGCGGCAUCCAUAUCCCCAAAGCACAACAAGUACAGAAGAAAUUUUGACCUGAAGUUGACACAAGUGUCCAAAGAGCUCGAGACCUACAUUUCAAGACAGGUUUUAUGCUCAAUUAUUAAGAAGGAAGAGAGCAUGGCCUCCCCAAGAUAGUGUUGUUUCGACCGAUAGAUAUGUAUAGAAAGUUCUUUCAAUAUCUUCUCCUUUCGAGUGUGCUCGGUCGUGGUAGCUAUUUUUGAACUCUUCUUCCCAAAGAGAUCUUGCUCAGCAUCAUCUUUGCUUAAGUGAUUGAUUCAAAUUCUUACUAUUUACUUGACCAGCACUAGCUUUGAUAGA